AUGGUGGCUAUAACGCGCUACCGCACCCGGCAAACUGGUCAUCAUGCCCCGGAGCGUCGCAUCGAAAAGUUGACAACGACUACGAAGCCCCAGCUCAUCACUUCGGCGGUAGCAGUGGCAACCACUAAGAGUGCGACGACCCCAGGGACCAUCGUCGUGUCCAGAGCUGUCACGCCCAUCAAGUCGAACUCGAAGACGGGGGCGACCGUCUCAAGCAAGCCUGCGCCGGGCCGCACUACUCUCCCUACCCCGCGCACAAGCACCAUCAUCAAGUCUACAACUCUCCCCGACACCUUUGACACUUUAGCUAAUCCGACUUCUUCUCUGCCGUCGGGCCCUACCUUCCCAGUGCUAGUUGACACGGCGACCUCUCCCCCACCACACCGCACCGACGGCUUCCCCUGGGGCCAAUCCCGUACGCGCCCCGGCGUCAUCGCCGGCGCGACAGUAGGCAGCGUCCUAGGCGCUGCCCUCAUCGCCCUCGGUGCUCUGUGGUACGCGCGGCGCAUGGCAUGGUGUUUUGUCCGCGAGGGCUCCCGGGCCCACACGCCCAUAGAGCACUUCGAGACCGUCGAGCUGCGCAGCCGGCCCGGCAGCGUGAUACCGCACUACCCGCACUCGACCGAGGACUUGCGAGAGUCGUGUCGUGGGGAUGACGGACACGGGGAGAGCUCAGGCCAGCCUCACACGUAUCUCAAUGUGCCGCGCCACUUGCAUGUGAGCCCAAGUCCGCCGGGUACACCCGAGUCCCUCGCGGCGAAUACCAACGGUCGCUUGGAUCCAUGGGCUAUCCGUCCGCGCUCUGCUCCCCCUUCGCCGUCCGCGCCUCCGCGCUCUGCUUCUAAUGACGACGACGCCAUUAAGCCGUUCCGACUCGACAGCUCGGACGGCGCCGAUAGCGUCCGCCCACCGAGUCCACACACCCCCACCAUCCCGGGGCCUACCCAUGGAGCAGCUCGACCCCAGUAUGCCACGACCACACAUCGUCUCGGCUCGCGCCCCGUGUCGCUCUUGGACAAGGCAGCUGAGAUGGGCAUAGAGAGUCCGGGAUUGACUCAGUCAAACGCAAGCCCCAAGCAGUACUCUGUGCCGGGUACCCCACGCCAGGGUUCGUCAGCUCAGGCCACUGGGCACGACGACAGCUGGCAUUGGUAG